GCUCACUUCCUCCGCGUUUCUGGCCCUUCCAGACCAAGUUUCGAGGAACGUGGCUUCAAAGUCACUCCAUGCCGACUUCUCGAGUGAUUGUGGUCCCGAUAUUUUCUGGUUCCUAGAGUCGCAGCCGUCAGCAUGUGAGAGCCAUCAUUAUACCUUUUAAACCUUGCCCUCCUCUUCUUCCUCCUCCCUACUGGGUGGUGACAUCAAGCAAUGCCUCGACAGCGACCAACCUCCGGUUACGCUCGCCUGGCGCAGGCGGACGAGGACGACGGCCCGCUGGGGGACGAAGAUUCAGGAGAUGAGACGUACGCAUCCUCGCCCCUAACAACCCGAUAUGCCUCGAUACAGCCGGCUCCGAGGGAGUCGAUGCGCUCCGGCGCACACCAUGAUCCACGACGACGGUCCAUGCGACGAGCACGAAGUAAUUCCUCGGGUGUGGACAUCAAAGCGAUCAACGCCCGGCUGGAGAGAUGGGCAGAAGAGAUCGCUUCCAAGUUCAAAAUCAGCUCUGUCAAGGGCAAGACUCAAGAGGAGGAACAACUGGAGAUACACCAUUCCGUCUUCCAAGCUCCUCCUGGCGUACACCCCUACACUGCCUCCGAUCUGGCUGCCUACACUGCUGCCGAAACGCAAAGAAUGACCAAACAACAAUUUGAUGAUAUCGUGGAAAGCGUCAGAGUCGCCAUCGAACUGGGGACACACCCCAAAAUGAUUUCGCAAGGUAGCUCAGGCAGCUACUUCGCACGCAAUAGUGAAGGCAAAGUUGUUGGCGUGUUCAAGCCGAAAGAUGAAGAACCCUAUGCAUCGAGGAAUCCCAAAUGGACGAAGUGGCUGCACAGGAAUCUACUUCCUUUCGCCUUUGGCCGGGCGUGCUUGAUCCCCAAUUUAUCCUACGUGUCGGAAGCUGCCGCAUAUGUUUUGGAUUCCCAGUUGAGGACAUACAUUGUUCCGUACACGGACGUUGUCUGGCUAUCCUCCAAGGUCUUCUACUACGAUUUCUGGGAAAGGAGAAGCACCUGGAGUGGGAAAAGAGGCCUGCCCGCGAAACCCGGCAGCUUUCAGGUCUUCUUGAAAGGAUAUAGAGAUGCAAAUCUUUUCCUGCGCGAGAACCCCUGGCCGGAUCAAGCAACCGAGUUUCGUGCAGAUAUGGAGCAUACACGAAAGAGAAGACCCCUGAGCCAUUGCCUUCCUGGUGGACGGGGAUCAGAUGAGGAAGACGACGAAGAGGCCCCUCGAGUCGUGUCGCCCCCGCCGUCAGAAGAGGCACCAAAGUUUCAUUGGACGCCUGCCAUACGGCAGGCUUUUCGGGAAGAACUGGAGAAAUUGGUGAUCCUUGAUUACAUCAUGCGAAACACUGAUAGGGGCCUCGACAACUGGAUGAUCAAAAUUGACUGGAAGACGGAGGAGGUUUCGAUCGUGGCAGAGCCGCCAAAACCGAACGGCUCCACGGAGAACGGAGAUGCACACCUGCAACCGGCAUCAGUAAGCCCCAAUAUCAAUCCUCAACGGCCAGAGUCAAAUACCUCCAGACCAUAUAAGCGGUAUGAGGCGAUGGAGAGUCGAUCAGGGACGCCGUCAAACAACCAGGAACUCCAGUGUUCCAUCACCAUCGGGGCCAUUGACAAUAGUCUGUCAUGGCCCUGGAAACACCCAGAUGCCUGGCGAAGUUUCCCAUUUGGCUGGUUGUUCUUGCCCGUCUCCUUGAUCGGGCAGCCAUUUUCAAAGAAGACCCGGGAUCAUUUCCUCCCUCUACUGACUUCAACCGCGUGGUGGAGCGAAACCCAAAUGGCUCUACGGAGAGUCUUUGCGUUGGACGCAGAUUUCAAAGAAAGCAUGUUUGCGCGGCAAAUUGCGGUGAUGAAGGGGCAAGCCUGGAAUGUCGUGGAGACACUGAAACAAGAAGACCACGGGCCUUUGGAACUGACAAGGCGCACCAGAGUAUGCGUCUGGGACGAUCUGGUGGAUGUCCCUGUGGCGAUCCCCAUGCGCGUCCCUUCCACCGAGAUGAAUCGCCGCGCAGCACGUAAUUAUCAACAACAAGAAGAGAUGGACAUAGGGGCAUCCUACGCUUCUGCGCCGCCUGGCAGACACCAAGCACCACAAUACGACCUUCUUGGCUCUCCAACGAAUGAACUACCCAAUCCAAACCGCUUCGACCUCACUCGUGAAGACAGCGCGGCUGAUCUGGGCUAUCUGCCCGGCCCUGGCGAAGAUGGUGGCUUUGACUCUAUGGACUUUGCUCGAGAGGCUCGCAGUAGUCUCGGCCACCAUCCAAACGCUCAUACACUCCCCGCUCGUCCCUCCGCGAAGGGCAAGACACGCUUCAGCUUCGAAUUUCCUCGUCGUGUCGGCGACAGUUCUACCCACAGCAACAACGCGACCUCGAAGGAACGCGCCACGCGGAGACAACGGUCCAUGUCAACAAGAAGUGGCUAUGGCGGCCACAAACCGAGAUCUGUGCCGAGCAUCGUGUACGAGGGAGAUGAUGUCGAUGAGGGGGAUUUGGGGUACGCCGCCGCAAGUGACAUGGACUCGACGCACAGGAGGAAGGUAAUCGUGGAGAGGCUAGAAACGGUAAAGAGCAAGAAACCCUUUUUCACUUGGUGUUAAGAAAGGAAGACAUGUGGGAGCCACCCAUGGUAAAGGAGGUACAGUGUAUAUGGCGGGACUAUAUGUGCAUCUAAAGACCAGUGUUUGUGUUUUGUCCGCCUGUCUACGAAGCGGGAUACCAUCAACUGUUCGGCAUUGUUUGGGGGGGUUUGGCAUAUCUCUGUAUAAGAGACAAGAUUAAAAAGACGUGUCUCACGAUGCAUGAUGCACGCUUGCAUGGCAACUGGUGUCUCGAUAUACUUACUAUGUGAACAAGUGGAAACUGGAAUUGGGAAGUAAAAAUGGAAAAAAAAUAAAUGAAGUGCAUAUUCCGCCAGAAUAUGGCCAUUAGUCAAUUGCCGUUUGCACUGCACUUAGUCAAUCAAUCAAUCCAUUCGGGUGUGCAUGCA